AUGGCGCCAAUUAAGCGCAAGGGGACCACCGGAGAUGAUUCCGCCACAAAAAAUCAGAAGCGUGCACGAGUUAGUUCGGACGCCGCCCAACAAGCAAAGAAAUCGAAGCCAGACAAGGAUGCCUCCAAAGCAACCACCACCCGACAAGCAGAUACAGCAGUCUCUGUUUUGCGCGAGGAGGAAUCAUCGUUCCCUCGUGGAGGUGGAAGUGUCUUGACUCCACUUGAGCGCAAGCAAAUUCAGAUUCAAGCCACUCGAGAUGUUCUUUUCGAGCAGAAGCGAUCCGGUAAAUCGGCCGAAGCACUCGACGACGAUGUUUCCGACGCCGACGUUGAUAUGCAAGAUGAAGGCAAAAAAACUACUGCUACUACCAAAAAAUCUCGAAAGUCAAAGAACAAAAAGUCUCGAGAUACAGAGAAGAAGACGAAGGAAGGAGUCCGAGUUGAAGGUCUCAGCUUCAAGCGUUUAACUAUAGGAACUAUGGUUCUCGGCCAAGUCACUAGCAUCAACUCCCAUGAUAUCGGCUUAGCACUUCCCAACAACCUGACAGGCUACGUUCCUCUGACUGCGAUCUCGGAAACAUUUGAUAAGAAGAUUGAAAAGGUCCUCAAUGCGGAGGACGAUGGUGAUGACGUAGAAUCGGAAGAAGACUCUUUGGAUCCAUCGGAUUAUUUCUAUAUCGGACAGUACCUUCGCGCCUACGUCACAUCUACUGGAAACAGCUCUGCCGACCCUGGGGCCAAUAAAAAGAAGAUCGAACUUACACUUGAUCCGAGACAGACAAAUUCAGGCUUGGCAGAGUCCGACCUCGUUGAAGAUGUAAUGGUUCAGGCUUCUGUCACCAGUGUAGAAGAUCACGGUUGCGUCAUGGAUAUCGGCUUGGGAAAGAAACUCAAGGGCUUCAUGGCCUCCACUGAUGACUCAAACGUUAAAGAAGGUGCUGUACUUCUCUGUGUUGUCACCGGUGUCAAUGCUAGUCGAACGAUUUUUCAACUUUCAUCCAAACUACAAGCCGCAGCAUCGCCCAAGUCUGUUCUCAAAUCCGCACCAACAAUUCAAGCUUUCCUUCCUGGAACUGCGGCCGAAAUGCUUUUGACAUCGGUUACAGAGACAGGAUUAGUUGGAAAGAUCAUGGGCCUGCUAGAUGCCACGAUUGAUUUUGUUCACUCAGGAGCAAAUUCCGGGUCUUUUGAUCUCACCACAAAGUACCAACUGGGUGCAAAGAUCAAGGCCAGAAUCACAUGUACAUUUCCCGCGGCAGAACCGUUCAAAGUUGGUGCCUCUAUAUUGGAGAAUGUAUUAGAUUGGAAGCGCACACUUUCUACCCAGGAGGAGGACUCCCCCUCGAUUGGAACAAUUCUGGACGUCAAAGUUGCAACAGUUGAGCCCGGUCUAGGUCUUUACGCCGAGUUCGGUUCUCCCAAGCACAUUGGUUUCGUCCACAUCUCCAGGGUUUCUGAUGGGACUGUUGAGACGAUAUCAGCGGAACAGGGCCCAUUCAAGACUGGGAGCAAACACAAAGCGCGAAUUAUCGGCUACAAUUCUGUGGAUAAUCUAUAUUUGUUGUCUUUUGAGAAGAAAGUGAUUGAUCAGCCUUACAUUCGACUUGAAGAUGUUCCUCUAGGCGAAGUCGUCAAAGGGAAGAUUGAGAAGCUGCUGAUCGGCCCUGAGGGAAUCGACGGCCUCAUUCUUUCAAUCGCUGAUGGCAUUACCGGUUUAGUGCCAUCGAUGCAUUUCGCUGAUACUGUUUUACAACACCCCGAAAAGAAGUUCCGCGAAGGCUUGACUGUAUCUGCCCGAGUCCUAUCCGUCAACUUAGAUAAGCGACAGAUGCGUCUUACCUUGAAAAAGAGUUUGCUUAACAGCGAUUCUGCCAUCUGGAAAGACUAUAACGACAUAGUUCCUGGUAAACAAUCACCAGGAACACUGAUCAACAUACAACCAAAUGGCGCAACUGUUCAAUUCUACGGAACUGUUAGAGCUUUUCUGCCCGUCUCCGAAAUGAGUGAGGCAUACAUCAAAGACCCAUCUCAACACUUCAGAAAGGGACAAGUCGUCAAUGUCCACGCAAUUAGCGUGGACACUGCUGCGGAAAAGCUCGUGGUUUCUUGCAAAGACCCCUCCACGUCUUCCGAGGCUUACAGGGAGGCUUUUGGUGAAAUUCGUCCAGGCGUUUUAGUUACAGGUACCGUCUUCGAAAAAUCGAGCGACGAUCUACUUCUGAAGCUCGACAAAUACGGUGUGACAGCCCGACUUAGUGCUAUACACCUUGUUGAUGGUGACGCAGCGAAAGCAGCAUCCGCCUUUGCUAAGGUUCGAGUUGGUCAGAAGCUAUCGGAUCUCUUGGUUCUCGAAGCUAAGCGAGUUCAUCGGUUGAUCAAAGUAACGCACAAAUCAAGCCUCCGGAAGGCACUCAAGAAAAACAGCCUUCCAGCAACAUUCGAAGAACUCGAAGUUGGCACGGAGAUUACCGGUUUCGUCAGAGGAAUUACGUCUCACGGAAUAUUUGUGGAGUUCCUUGGUGGACUCAAUGGCCUGUUACCAAGACGUCUUGUCGAUGACGAACAUGCUAACAAGCCCGAUUUCGGUUUAUAUCGAUCCCAAUCCUUGACUGCAACUGUUCAUCAGAUCGAUGAGGAUAACCGACGCUUCACAUUGACCAUGCGCCCGUUAGAGUUACCUACAGGUAGCCGACCGGAACAGUCGAAAGAAAAACCUCUUCCUGAAGAUGAAAAGCUAGCAAACCCAGUCGACGAAAGCAUUCAUACCGCGGCCGAUUUCACUAUCGGAAAAGUCACAAAGGCUAGGAUUGCAUCUAUCAAGGAGACUCAAAUCAACGUUGUUCUUGCGGACAACCUGCAGGGACGUAUUGACGUCUCGGAGGUUUUCGACAAGUGGGAUGACAUCAAAGACCGCAAACAGCCCUUACAGAAAUUCCGUGUCAAGGAAAUCCUUCCUGUACGUAUCCUCGGAUUGCACGACGCCCGCAGCCAUAGGUUCCUACCGAUCAGUCACCGAACCAGCAAGCAUCCUGUGUAUGAAUUAUCAGCCAAGCCUAGCUUCAUAUCUUCCGCUGAACCCAAGCCAUUGACUCUCGAACAAGUCAAAGUUGGCUCAUCCAUGAUUGGAUUUGUCAAUAAUGUUGCCAACGACUAUCUCUGGGUCAGCCUCUCACCCAACGUUCGUGGCCGGGUGCGAGCUAUCGAUCUCAGCGAUGAUCUAUCCACCUUGGCCGAUCUCGAAAGCAACUACCCGGUUGGGUCUGCUUUGAAAGUGCGUGUGACUGGUAUCGAUUUGGACAAGGGUCACUUGGAUCUUUCCGUAAAGUCGGGAUCUGCCCGAGACCUUUCAUUCGACAAACUUUCCAGGGGCAUGAUUCUUCCUGGAAGAGUUACAAAGGUGACCGAAAAACAGAUCAUUAUGCAGCUCAGCGAUACCCUCGUCGGAGCCGUCAAUCUCACAGACAUGGCUGAUGAUUAUUCCAAAAUCGAUACAACUAUCUACAAGAAGAACGAGAUCCUUCGUGCUUGCAUUAUUGAUCUUGAUAAAUCGAAAAAGAAGAUCUUUUUGUCUUUACGUCCGUCCAAGGUUUUGAGCUCAACAUUGCCUGUGCGGGACCGUGAAAUUACGUCCAUGGAUCAGCUAAAGCCCAACGACGUGGUUAGGGGUUUCGUUCGUCGCGUUGCCGAUAAUGGUCUAUUUGUGACUCUGGGUCACAAUGUUUCAGCUUAUAUCCGUAUCUCAGACUUGUCUGAUUCUUUCCUAAAAGAGUGGAAAGAUGAAUUUCAGACAGAUCAGCUGGUCAAGGGUAGAAUUAUCCUUGUCGAUUCGGAGAACAACAGGUUGCAAAUGAGCUUGAAGGAAUCUGUUCUUGAUCCAAACUUUAAGACUCCCAUUACAAUUCGCGAUCUGAAAGUUGGUCAGGUUGUGACUGGAAAGGUGCGAAAAGUGGAGGACUUUGGUGCGUUUAUCGUCAUUGAUGGUUCUGCUAAUGUUAGCGGUCUCUGCCAUCGUAGCCAAAUGGCUGAGCAGAAUGUCCAGGAUGCCAGGAAAUUAUUCGAGGCUGGGGAUAUUGUCAAGGCAAAGAUUUUGAAGAUCGAUGCGAAUCAAGGAAAGGUUUCUUUCGGUCUCAAGGCAUCCUACUUUGGGGAUGAAGAAGGCUCGGACAGCGAAGGUGGAUCUGAUGGAGAUCUUUCAAUGGACGAGGCUGGAGGUGUUGAACUUGACAGUGAUGAAGAUAGCGAUGAGGAUAUGUCUGUGGGUGGUGUUGACAUUGAAGACGCUAGUGAAGAUGAAGAUGAAUCAAGUGAUGACGAAGAAGAUGCAUCGGCAACAGUUAAAAGAUCACAGAGCGACAAGGGAGGACUUGAUGUUGGUGGCUUUGACUGGACAGGUGAUGCCGGACUUUCAAGCACAUCGAAACUUACCGAUCGUCAAGCCGUUGGCGAUGAGGCUUCUAACAAGAAGAAACGUAUUCGCAAACCAGAGAUCCAAGUUGACCAGACUGGUGAUCUCGACGCUCGCGGUCCGCAGUCUGUGGCCGACUACGAACGACUCUUGCUCGGUGAACCAGACUCUUCACUCUUGUGGCUUCAGUACAUGGCAUUCCAGCUGGAACUCGGUGAGGUGGUCAAGGCAAGAGAAAUUGGCCAACGUGCCAUUCGUUCAAUCAGUAUCGGUCAAGAUACAGAGAAGCUCAACAUUUGGGUGGCACUGCUCAAUCUUGAAAACACCUAUGGCACGGACGACAGCCUCGAAGAAGUCUUUAAGAACGCUUGUCAAUAUAACGACACGCAAGAGAUCUAUGAGCGAUUGAUCAGCAUUUACAUUCAGUCCGGCAAGAACGAGAAAGCCGAUGAACUAUUCAAAACAGCGCUCAAGAAGAAAGUCUAUUCCGGACAAAAGUUCUUCGUCAACUACGCAACCUUCCUUUUCGAUACCUUGUCCAGCCCUGACCGCGGCCGUGACCUUCUUCCACGAGCCUUGCAAUCUCUACCCCCCAACACCCAUGUCGACACUACCUGCAAAUUCAUUCAACUCGAGUUCAGGUCACCGAGCGGAGACGUCGAGAGAGGUCGCACUCUUUUCGAAGGUCUACUCUCUUCAUUCCCCAAGCGUACCGAUCUUUGGAACAUAUUGCUCGAUCUGGAAAUGAAACAAGGCGACGCUGACCAAGUCCGAAGUGUCUUCCAACGAGUUUUAGGUAUCAGCACUGCCCCCAAGACACAAUCUAAAAAGAAAGGCGCCAUUCCUGCGCCUUCCUCAACAGAAGCGCAGAAGAAAUUGAAACCUAAGAAGGCCCGUUUCUUCUUCAAGAAGUGGCUCGAUUUCGAAGAAAAACUUGCUGCUGAAGGUGGAAAUGAGAAGAUGGUGGAGGAGGUCAAAGCUAGAGCAGCCGAUUAUGUGAACUCAUUGCAGGAGUAG